UGUGAGUACGGACAAAUCACAGGAGAAUGCAGAUAACGAAUGUUACGAGCCUCAGAAAAACCAAACGCAGUGAUGGCGCACUUACCCGCCCUCCGGGUUCUCCUUCGCCACAUUAACUGCCUCAUUCCGCCACCGCGCACAUCUAUGCCUGCACUCUGUACCAUCCGUGCCACGUGUCACUUCCUCCUUCUCUCCCCUAAACCUCGCAAACUCCACGCCACCGCAACUUCCAAAGGUCCAGAGAACCACGCGCUGCUGCUCAACAGAGACGAGCGCGUGGCGAGAAACGUUACUCCAAGCGACGUAGUUGAGAAAGGGAGCACAAUCGCGGCGAUAGUAACGUCGUUGGGAGGUCCACCUGGCGCCGUCGGAAUCGUUCGACUCUCAGGUCCUUCUGCGGUUUCCGUGGCGGGUCGAGUGUUUCGACCCGCCAAAAGGAGCAAGAACAAUGAUUGGAAACCGAUGAGCCACGUGGUGGAGUACGGAGUCGUUUUGGAUUCGGAGGGAAAUGUGAUCGAUGAGGUUUUGGCGGUGCCGAUGCUGGCGCCAAAAUCUUACACGCGCGAGGACGUUGUUGAGAUUCAGUGUCAUGGAAGUGAAGUGUGUCUGCGCCGAGUUCUCAGAACUUGCUUGGAAGCUGGAGCUACACUUGCUCAGCCAGGAGAGUUUACGCUUCGUGCGUUUCUAAAUGGUCGGUUGGAUCUAUCACAAGCUGAGAAUGUUGGAAGGUUGAUUACCGCCAAGUCUGUGGCUGCUGCAGAUGCAGCACUGGCCGGAAUCCAGGGUGGUUUCUCCUCUCUUGUAAGAUCGUUGAGAAUGCAGUGCAUUGAGUUGCUUACUGAGAUUGAAGCUCGUUUAGAUUUUGAGGAUGAGAUGCCUCCUUUGGAUUUGAAUAUUAUUAUGGAUAAAAUUCAUAGCAUGUCGCAAGAUGUUGAGAGUGCAUUGGAGGCAGAAAAUUACGACAGGCUUCUGCAGUCUGGAUUACAGAUAGCAAUUGUUGGCCGUCCAAAUGUUGGCAAGUCAAGCCUUCUAAAUGCAUGGAGCAAAAGUGAGAGGGCAAUAGUUACUGAAAUUGCUGGAACCACUCGUGAUGUAAUUGAAGCAAGUGUCAGUGUCAAUGGUAUCCCUAUAACCCUUCUUGAUACUGCAGGAAUCAGGGACACUGAUGAUGUUGUGGAAAAGAUUGGUGUAGAGAGAUCAGAAGCUGUUGCUAGGGGUGCUGAUCUAAUUAUCAUGACUGUGAGUGCUGUUGAAGGGUGGACUUCUGAAGACACCAAACUUCUAGAAAGGAUUCAGUCUGCUAAGAGUUCAACUGGAUCCUUGAUCCCAGUAAUACUUGCGGUCAACAAGAUAGAUUGCAAUCCACGCGCUGAGACAGAUUGGGACAGAGGAUGUCAGAGUCAUGAUAUCUUCAGUAAACGCGUGUUUACGUGUGCUGUUACCGGUCAAGGAUUACAAGACCUAGAGAGGGCAGUACUAGAGCUUGUGGGACUUGAUGCCAUUCCUUCUGGGGGUCGCCAAUGGACUGUCAAUCAGAGACAAUGUGAACAACUUGUUCGGACCAAGGAAGCUCUUGAAAGGUUACAAUCGUCAAUAAAGGAGGAACUACCAUUAGAUUUUUGGACAAUUGAUUUGAGGGAUGCUGCAUUAUCCCUUGGACAGAUAAGUGGAGAAGAUAUAUCUGAAGAAGUAUUAUCAAAUAUAUUUGGGAAGUUCUGUAUUGGUAAAUAGAAGGCUCACAUGAACUACAUAGAGAUGUUUUAAACAUAUCCCCUCCAUUCUGUAUGACUCUAUAUCAAGUUAAGUUCAUCUGGGCCUGUAUCCCGGUGUACCCCCAUGGCUUUUUUUUAUUUUUUAAUCAUGUUUCCCUUUUUCUUUUUCUUUUUCCGGCUCAUCCCUUUCUUUGUAUUUGUAUUCUGCCACCAGAGGAAAUAAUUUCUGUCUCUUGGGCCUGUCGA